AUGCUCCUCUCUCCAGCUCGAGCUGUUUGUUAUAAAUAUCCUGCUGUUGACGUACCUGCUGUUGGACACCAUAACUGCGUUUUUGAUCUAGGCAGAAUUCAAUCACAAGUUGAUACUUAUAACUCUGCGAAGCAGCCUUUGAGCCCACAGGCCAUAAAGCUAAGAACCACAACUGCAAUCUCACAAAAGGAAACUGCUUUGCUGAUAUAUUCGUCUACUGCCAUGCUUCACAACAACAUAAACACCCUUCUUCUCAUCUCUCUCACCUCAAUCCACACUGCUGCCUCUCUCGAACUACAAAAGAGAGCAUGUUCUGUUACUGAUUCCACAAACUACUACAAUGAAUUGCAAAGCGCCCUAAACAAUACCCUUUGUGUCUCUGAUUCUGAUUCCUACGAGACUGACUGUCUUUGCAAUUAUUCAAACUAUCAAUUUUGGAAUUACUACUAUACCUACUACUCAUGCAACGAUAUAUUCAACAUCAAUGAUGUUAACGAAUUCAAAGCCUCCUAUUGUGGCUUUGAAUCGACUGAUUUGACAGACCAAGCAACAGCAACGCAAUCAUCUACUAUACCAUCUUCAUCUUCACUAACAUUUUCUUCAUCUCUAUCUUCUUCUCUAUCCUCACCAGCUGAGACCGAAGUGCAAACUCACAAGUUUUGUUCAAACGAAGACUACGAUUUUUACUACAACAAGUUUGAGUCAACUGUAAACAGCUCCAACUGUGGUUAUGGAAGCAACGGUUCAAUCUAUAUUGGUGCUUACUCAUGUAUUUGUGAUCUCUCUGACGACCAAUACUGGAAUUCCUAUUACAAUGUCAUUGUGUGUAGUACUGAUAAAUUCUCAAAUGUCUCUCAAGUUAAAGAUUCAAUUUGUUCAAACUACACUGUCUCAAAUUCAACUUUAGACGUCUACAACUCAUCCUCAAAUUCUUUAGGUUCCUGUUCUUUAACAGAUUACAAUACUUAUUUGAAUGAUUACAUUGAUGCAGUCAACUCAUCAGAUUGUCUAACUGGCCUUUACGAUGACGAUUUACCUGUUUUCAAAACUAAAUGUGUUUGUGAUCUAUCAAAUGACGAGUUUUGGCAUCAAUAUUACUCUUUAAUAAAUUGCGAUAAUAACUAUGAUUCUAAAAAUUUCACUCUUUUCAAAUCAAACAUUUGUGGUUCUCAAAAUAUCUCAAUCUCUUGUUCAUCUUCUGAAACCCAAUAUCAUUAUUCCUUAAUGAUCAAUCAACUUAACCAAUCUAACUGCUACAGUAUCGACUCGACUACCGGCUCUUAUAACAUAAACCUAGAUUGUAUCUGUAAUUCAAAUAAUAACGAAUUUUGGUAUCACUAUUUCGAUUACUACUCCUGCAUAUCCUCUAAUACUGAUUUCCAAUAUGAUGAUUACGAAUAUUUCAAAGAGGAUCAAUGCGAUUUAGAAAUCACACAAUCUUCAAUAGAAGAUUAUUCUACUGAAGAAUUUUCUUCUUCUUCCUCCUCCUCCUCCUCUUCUUUUUCUUUUUCUAUAAAGUCUUUAAAUUCUUCAUCUACUUAUUCUGAUAUAGAGAAAACUCUCACAAGAACGUUAACUGAAACACCAUCCAAUGGUGUUUCCCUAACUAUCGAAACCCUUUCUUUUGCUCAUUCUUCUUCUUCUGAAGACAUUGCCUUUGCAAAUACCUUCAAACUUCCAAAUUCUUUAACAAUAAUAUUUUCAACUUUCAUAUUAUUGUUUAUUUAA